UGUUUUUUCUUUUUCUUUUUUUUUUUUUAAAUAAUAAACUAAAUAUAAUAUUAUCUUUUUACUACAACAAUCUAAUCGUUAUGUAUUUAUCUGUAUAUCUUUAUACCUAUAAACUAUUCAAAAGUACAGCUGUACUUUAUGCAGUUUUAUGUUGACACGUUUUUCCAAUUCAAACUGAAGAAAAGUAGUUAUAUAAAAAUAACGGUUAAUCGAAGAUUCAAAAGUUAGGUUAACAAAAAAAUUGUCAAUUUAAUAUCCAUUGGCAAAUAUUAUUACUUAGUAUAAAAAGAAAUAUUGAAGUAUGUUUGAAAAAAUCAUUUAAAAUAUAAGUGAGGUUAAUCAUAAGUUAAUGAUCUGAAACUUUUGAAUAUUAAAAUUAUAUAUUUAUAAGUUGAAUAUUAUGGCUGUUAAAGAUGAAUUUAAGGAAAAGGUUACUGCUCUUCAAAAUAGUAUACCAAUGAUAAAAGAACUUUUUCAUAUACAUAUGAAAGUUGGUGAGGGUACAUUUAGUUCUGUUUAUUUAGCUACUUUAAAAUCAUCCGAAGGUUCUAAAGAAUAUAAAAGAUAUGCAUUAAAAUAUUUGGUACCUACUUGCCAUAUAGAAAAAAUAGAACGUGAAUUACAAUGUUUAAAAGAAAUUGGAGGUCAAGAUCAUGUUGUUGGUUUAGAAUGUUGCUUAAGAAAUCAAGGAUCUGUUGUAUUUGUAAUGCCAUAUAUGAGGCACGAUAAGUUUUCUGAAUACAUUAAAGAUAUGACAGUUCAAGAAACAAGGGAUUACAUGAGAGCAUUAUUAGUUGCAUUACGAAGAGUACAUCAAUUUAAUAUAAUACAUAGAGAUGUUAAACCAAGUAAUUUUUUAUACGAUCGUAUUAAUAAAAGAUAUUUACUAGUUGAUUUUGGAUUAGCUCAAAAAUAUACACCAACGUUAAAUGAUGAAACAAUUGUAAAUAAUACAAUACAGUCCGUAAAAAGAAAAAGAUUUGAUGAAAAUAGCAAAGAUGUAUCUGGUACUUCCGAUAAAAUUUAUAUGAAUGAUCAAUGUGCAUGUUUUGGAAAACCUAAAACUUGUUCAUUAUGUUUAAAUAAACGAUCUCAAGUUGCACCUCGAGCAGGUACUCCAGGCUUUAGAGCUCCUGAAGUACUUUUGAAAUAUUCUUUACAAACACCAGCAAUUGAUAUUUGGGCAAGUGGAAUAAUUAUGUUAUGUAUCUUGAGUGCUACCCAACCUUUUUUCCGAUCACCUGAUGAUUGUACAGCAUUAGCAGAAAUAAUAUCAGUAUUUGGUACACAGAAAUUACAACAGUGUGCACAAAAAUUAGGAAAAAAACUUAUUACUAGUGAAAAUUUACCAGGAAUUGAUUUAAUGACUUUAUGUCAAAAAUUACAAAAAAGAAACAGAGAUUUACCACAUAACAGUAAUUAUAAAAAGAUGCCAUCAUCAUUUGAAGAAUAUCCAAAAGAAGCAUAUCAAUUAUUAAAAAGUCUUUUAGAUGUAAAUCAUAAAACACGAAUUACAGCAGAACAAGCAUUAGAACAUCCAUUUUUUAAAUUAUCAUUAUAAAUAAUUGUUAUAUAUAUAUUUUUAAAAACAAAACAAAAUAUAUGUAUAUA